CUGACCGCAUUAGAAUCAAGUCAGAUUUAUACCGUAGACUACUGGAUUACUCCAUCAACACUGAAAAUAAUAUAAUUCCGAUGUUGAGAUAACGGACGACCAGUGUGAAUUGAACCAGCAACCGAAAUGAUGUUGACCAGGCUGUUUUUUGCUUUGUGCGUUGGAGUCAUGUUCGUCCAAGCCGAAGUUCGCCGGCCUGAACCACGUGACAUUUUCAGCGACGUAGAAACACUCCUGAAACAAUUGGCAGACGACGUGGAGGAACAAAUUCGGAACGCGAUCGACGGCCUGCAGGAAUUGUACGACCAGAUCGUCUCCAUAGCUGCAGAUAUCGAACAGGGUAUCGAGGAGCAGCUUGUAGCGGCCACAAAGCCCUUCAUCGAUCAAAUCAACGAACUUUCGAAUCAAGCUUUCGAACUGGGCGUGGAUAUUUCGGAGUGCGUGGUCGAUAGUAUAGACGAUAUCAGCGCCCUGCCCCGCCAGUUAUUACAAGACGUAAGCACGUGCGUCGGAGAGAAACUUGAAGAGGGUCUCGGCAUUAUUAACGAAACUAUAUCGACGGUCAGCUCUAGCAUCGAGCGCGUGGCGAACUUGACCUCCGAGCUUAGCGACUGUAGGCAGCAAUCGAUACUAACCCAAAUAGCAUGCGCCGGGUCGGUAGGCAUCAAAGUUGGGGCGGCAGGAAUUGAAAUUCCUGCCAUCAUAGGCAAAGAAGUUGCGGAGGCUACAGUAUACGUGGCGACGUUCAAGGCGGGGCUAGCAGUCUGUACAGUCGGGGUUGCGGAUCAACUAACGCUCGAAGCGACCUCUAUUGUCGCCGAUGUAGUCGACUGCGCAAAUGAUAAGUUCUCGGGCAUCACAACAACAGCUGUACCGAGCCCAACAACUCGCGAGCCAGCUACAACUGGCGCAGCUACGGAAGAACCGACUGAAGAACCAACGACGACCUCAGUAGAAAUACCUGGUCAGAGCACGCCUGGUCGGUCUAGUACAGAUACGACUCCAGCAGGGACGACAAGUGAAGUUUUCCCGACGACAUCAGAAACUAAAAAUUACGAGAAAGGAAUUCUUUAAUUUACUAAUUUACAUCAGUAGGAUUUUGCCACUAUUAUUUUCAGAGAGAUAUGAUAGAAAUAAAUAUUUGAGCAUAAG